AUGGCUCGCGGCGCUGCUCUCUUCGGUCUGGCCUCGCUCCUCCUGGGCGCGGUCAACGGCCAGCUGCCCGGUGAGGGCGAGGAGGUCCACCCCAAGAUCACCACUUACCGUUGCACCAAGGCCGGCGGGUGCAAGGCGAAGACCAACUAUAUUGUCCUGGACGCGCUCGCCCACCCCGUUCACCAGGCCACCAACGAGUACGGCUGCGGUGACUGGGGCCAAAAGCCCAACGCCACGGCCUGCCCGGACAAGGAGUCGUGCGCCAAGAACUGCGUCAUGGACCCCGUCUCGGACUACAGCGCGUACGGCAUCAACACCGACGGCGACAGCCUCCGUCUGCAGCAGCUGCUUGACGGCAAGCUCGUCAGCCCUCGCGUCUACCUCCUCGAUGAGACCAAGCGCCGCUACGAGAUGCUUUCGCUCACCGGCAACGAGUUCACCUUUGACGUGGACGCCACCAAGCUGCCCUGCGGCAUGAACAGCGCCCUCUACCUCUCCGAGAUGAAGGCCGACGGUGCCCAGAGCACCCUCAACCCUGGCGGCGCCUACUUCGGCACCGGGUACUGCGACGCCCAGUGCUACAUCACCCCCUUCAUCAACGGCAUCGGCAACGUUGAGGGUAAGGGGCGCGUGCUGCAACGAGAUGGGACAUCUGGGGAGGGCCAACAAGCGGGCCAACCACAUCGCCCCCCACCCCUGGCAACAAGAAGGGGUCCCUACCUCUGCGAGGGCGCGGAGUGCGAGAAGGAGGGCGUGUGCGACAAGGCUGGCUGCGCGUGGAACCCGUACCGGGUCAACGUGACCGACUACUACGGCGCCGGCGAGGAAUUCAAGGUCAACUCGAACAAGCUCGUCACCGUCGUGACCCAGUUCCACGCCAACCGCAAGGGCAAGCUCGAGUCCAUCCACCGCAAGUACGUGCAGGAGGGCCGCGUCAUCGAGUCGUACGUCGUCGACGCCCCCGGCCUGCCCUCCACCGACAGCAUGAUCGACGAGUUGUGCUCUGUCACCGGCGCCGACGCCUUCAUGCGCCUCGGCGCCAUGCAGGGCAUGGGUGAGGCUCUCACCCGCGGCAUGGUUCUCGCUCUCAGCAUCUGGUGGGACGAGGGCGGCAACAUGAACUGGCUCGACGCUGGUGAGGCCGGCCCCUGCAACCUGGAUGAGGGUCACCCCUCCGAGAUCGUCAAGGUCGAGCCCGCCCCGGAGGUCACCUUCAGCAACAUGCGCUGGGGCGAGAUUGACUCCACCUACGAGACAGGCCAGGACGGCAAGGGCAAGGGCAAGAACGGCAACGGUAAGGGGAAGGGCAAGGAUUGCAAGAACUAA